CCUGAUACCUAAAUCUCUCAUUUAGAGAAGUGAUUUCGGAUAGUGAGGUUGGGGUCUUAGAUCUUGCGACAACAUGGGUGUUACCGUCGAUAAAGCGAAAAUUGGAGUAACACUUCUUGGUUUGAUGGGAGUUGUGCUUCUUGUUAUUGGAGUAGUUGCAUUAUCCGUCCUGCCAUCUAUUUUUAAAUCAAAGCUUGCAGAGAAUUUAGCCUUGGAAGAAGGAAAAGAAACCUAUGAAAAGUGGAAGAAAACUCCAAUUCCUGUAACAUUCAAAGUAUUUAUUUUUAAUAUUACAAAUGUUGUGGAGGUAACAAACCAUGGUGCGAAACCCUAUGUUGAAGAAAUUGGACCCUAUGUUUUCAAGCAACUAAGAAGCAAAGAUGUUUUAUCUUGGAAUCCAGAUGACAUGACAGUGACGUAUAACGAUUUGAAACAGUACCACUUUGUUCCUGAAUUAUCGGCAAAUAUGUCGAAUAAGAUAUACAGUCUCAAUUUGCCGCUGCAGGGUAUUGUCAUGUUUGCCAAGAAAAUGGCAUACUUUGCCCGCACUUUCUUGUACCCAGCUUUAGAGAACUUAUUAAACACAUACAACGAAGAGCUUUUUGUACAUAGAACUGCGAGGGAACUUCUCUUUGACGGAUACAAAGUAAAUCUCCUUGAAGAUCUGAUGGAACUGGCAAAGCCAUUUACUGAUGUGCCCGAAAUAUUACCCAACAACACUUUUGGUUUUCUCUAUGGAAAAAACAACUCUGGCGAUGGAGUAUUCACAGUUUACACUGGAGUUGACGACAUUGCCAAGUACUCUCAAAUCGUUCAGUGGAACAAUAUGUCGAAAAUUCCUUUCUGGAAAGACCAUUACUGUAACAUGAUGAAUGGAACUGAUGGUUCGCAGUUUCCCCCACCAGUGACGAAAAAUGAUGUCUUAUACGUAUACACACCAGAACUUUGCCGCUCCGUAUUCUUAGAAUUUGACAAAGAGGUCUUAGUUCAAGGAAUUCCAGCUUUGAGGUUUGUGACACCAGAACGAUUAUUUGCUAGUCCAAAGGAAAACCCAGAUAAUAUGUGCUAUUGUACUGAAGAACAAUACUGUGAGUUAAGUGGCAUAUUAGAUGUUUCGCCCUGCAGAAAAGGUUUGAAACUAGCUGUGACUGGACCUCAUUUCUACCAAGGUCAUCCAUAUGUUGUUGAACGAAUCGACGGACUGUCCCCGAAUCGAGAAGCUCAUGAGACUUAUGUUGAUAUUGAACCGACAACGGGUCUCGUAUUAAGGGCAUCAAGGAAAUUGCAAAUGAACUUCAUUUUGGACAAGUUUGCCGAAUUCGAGCAAACCAAAAAUGCACCUCUUAGUGUGGUUCCUUUGAUUUGGGUUACAGAAGAAGCAGAAAUUGACGAGGAAGUAGCCACUCUUUUCACAGCAAAAGUAAGGACGCCAGUAACGAUAGCAAAAUCUGUUCUUACAGCUUGUAUUGUUCUUGGAAUACUUUGGAUUAUUACUGCAGCCGUAGUGACAGUGUACAUUCUAAUGAAACAACAAAAGACUGCAAAAGCAGUAAUAAAAAGCAAAUACAAGGCUGUUCCUCAAACUACACGAGAUGAUAUAAAGACUGAAAAGCUUGCUCCUGUACGUGCCUAGUCAAGAGCAAUAUGCAAAUGAAAACAACCAAAUUAUCAUUACCAUUUGUUUAUGAAGCAACAGAGUCAUUGAACAAGUGAUAUACUCUGAAGUGCCUUUAGUCACCUUCGUUCCUCGUUCAUUAUAAUAAGACGAUCGAUCCAUGGUUUUUUUUUCCUUCAAUUUUCGUGUUUGUUUUAUGUAUCAUGACAGCAUUGGCUUUUACGAGCACAGUGUAAUGCUUAUUUUGUAAAGUGUAAAGCAUUUGACAUAGUUUUAUGAAAAGAAAACUCAAAUGAAAGCGUACUUCCAUGAUCAUCCAUAACUAACAUUCAUCGAAUUGAGAAGUACGUUUUAACUUUGACUCUUCAUCAAGGCUCUGGGAGCUUUGAGUUUUUGCUUGUAAAUGCUUCCACAUUUUAUUCACGUGUAUCACGCCAAUUUCAUGUCUUUUCUCUCUUUU